CUCUAUGGCUAUUGUUACCAAGACAGCAAUGACAUCCCAGACACACUGACGACCAUCACUGAACUAGGCUCGCCUUUAGAGAUGAUUCAGCUUUUACAGACUUCCUGGGAAGACAGAUUUCGAAUAUGUCUCAGCUUAGUUCGGCUUCUGCAUUAUUUGGCUCAUUCUCCUCUUGGCUCCGUGACAUUACUGGAUUUUCGCCCUCGGCAGUUUGUGAUCGUGGACGGGGAACUGAAGGUGACGGAUCUGGAUGAUGCCAGCAUCGAGGAGAGCUCUUGCACCAGUAACAGCGACUGCUUUAUGGAAUUCCCUGCGAGGAACUUCACCCUGCCCUGUUCUGUUGAAGGACGGUGUCAGAGUAUGAACGAAAAAAGGAAUCUCUACAACGCCUACAGGUUUUUUUUUACGUAUCUUCUUCCACACAGUGCUCCAUCCUCACUGAGACCAUUACUGGAUAAGAUAGUCAAUGCAACAGGAGAGCUUCACUGGGGAAUAGAUGAGACGGCUGCUCAGCUAGAGAGGGUUUUGAAGCUGUAUAAGAGUGGAGAGUACCUACAGAACACGACCCGGAUGCCGAAAGCUGAGUACAGACGGGUGCCUGAAGCUUUUAUUCCUGAUGAGAACUACAGAUGCUGGCCAUCUUACCAUCAUAAGGGCUGCCUCCUCUCUGUGUUUGACGUCAAUGAAGCCAUUGAGAUCUGUGACAGCUACUCCCAGUGCAAAGCUUUUGUCUUAACUAACCAGACGACUUGGACAGGUCGGCAGCUUGUCUUCUUCAAGAUGGCCUCAAAUCAUAUCAUGCCUGAUCCUGACAAGAUAACAUAUGUGAAGGUGACAGACUGACACCUAAAGUGGCUCAGUCUGAUGCAUGAGUGACAAGAGCUGUUUGUGUAUAAAUAUAGGCAGCUGUUAGGUAUAAGGCGGCUGUGGCCGGAGAGAUAAUUGCACUAUUACUCAUUCUAAUCUAUAGAGUGCUAAACAAAACUUUAAAGAAAUAACCUGCAUGACCAGGAUGAAUGUGCAAUAAAACAACCUUUUGAAAAUGUGAUUUUUUUUAAAAACAAAGCAAAAUACAAGAUAUGAUACACUGUUAGGGUAUAAUUUUGGUUAUAAAUCAGCUGGCAGCUCUGGCUUUUCUAACCAAGGUUAGCAUAAUGUUUUUGACCUGUGCAUGUGUGCACAGGGAUGAAAGUUGAUCAUUUCUAUGGGAAGUCUGUAUCCUCCAUGCUGAUAUUUAUUUGGGCACGUACAAUCACAACAGAGUAACUGAAGCAUAUCAGUUUGUAAGCUGAAUAGCAAACGUUUCUGAAGACAAUCAGCAUUUGUGUUAAAGCUAUGAAAUAUGCAAUGCCGGCUUAUUUGUCAAAAGGAAGGAAUUGGUUAUGUUUAGAAUUGCAAGACUGUAGCUAAUUUUCAUUUUUGCUUCCAAUGUUAUCAUAAAGUUUCAUUUUUAAUUUAAAAGAGCCAUUUUGUAGGUCUAGCAAAUCACAUAAGCAUAUGAAUAGUCCCGCUGAAAGGGUAGGGACUUACCCAAGUGCCAAAUGCUUUGCUGAAUAGGGAUAGGCCUAAGCAUAUGCUUACAAUUAAGCCUGUGCUUAAGACUUUUGUUGAAUUGAGUUUGAAUUGUUCAGGAAGCCACAUCUUUGACAGACUGGCAAAGCAAUCCAGCUGGUGGAACAGUACUAAUUUAAUGACUAUCUUGCAGCUAUUUGUAUUUUUUAUCAUCAAAUCCUUGGUUUUCUAAGGCACCGCUUGCUAAUUCUUAGAGUGAAUGAAGUAAAUGACCUUAAUAAUGGCAAAUGAAUGCUAGCCUUAAUUCUAUAUAAAACACGUUUUACAGGCAUGGUGUGUCUAGAAAAUUUGCUUUCAGUGAAAGCAAUAAAGUAAGUGCUAAAGUGACCAAUGUCAUACUGUUUUGUAGUUUGUACAGUCAGGAAAAAAAAUGUGCUUUUGUUUCUCAAAUUGUUUAUUUUUGUAAAAAAAAAAUAAAAGAUAAGUACAAUUCCUUUCAUACU